AUGCAGCCACGGAGGCAGCCAAACCGGCAGGCCCAGGAGAAAAGGGCGAGAUGCAGGUUGUUCCUGUGAUUCUUCAUCUCAUCACCUCCAUUAGCUCUGUGUGCCUCUACAUCCCCAAAGACCUGCGGCCGUAUGAAAACCGGCAGAGCAUGCUCAAAUCCAUACAGGAGGUGCAGAAACGUUUCCCAGAUGGCGUUCCUCUGCUAGAUCCCAUAGACGACAUGGGCAUCAAGGAUCCAGCGCUGAAGAAGGUCAUUCAGAAGGUGGAGGCGUUCGAGCACAGGCUGUACACGCACCCCCUGCACAGCGACCCCAAUCUGGAGGCCGUUAACACUCUGUGUGAGAAGAAAGCACUGAUUGCAGGCGACAUUAAAGUAGCGAAGCAUGACCUAAAGAAAGCAUGUAGCGUGCUGCAGAUGGAUGAGCUGAAGUGCAGGAAGCGUGUGAUACGGCGCCUGGGAUUCGCCACUUCCUUUGAUGUCAUCGAGAUGAAAGGCCGUGUGGCCUGUGAGAUCAGCAGGCUAACGAGAUGCCCAAACUGACGGAGCAGCUGGCCGGACCGCUGCGACAGAUGCAGGUACUGUGUUCGGGAGGAAGACUUACUCAGCCACCUUGAAAUUCUUUACAUUACAUGCUCACUAUCACACGCACUGUUUACCAAACAACACUUAAACUGCUGCCUCUGUUUGCAUUAAAGGGUUAAGCAGAUAGGUCAGUCUGAUCCACCUAAGAUGUGGUUUGACCGGGUUU